AAUAUUUAAAGAUCUACUUAAAUGGACGGUGUUAUAUUUUGUGCCCACAGUGCGGAUCGGGUUUCUGCCAAGCGCUCGGGAGCAGUCAAGUGUUCCUGUUACUCGAAUGUUAUCGUCCCUAUCACAUGUACGCAUAUCGGACCAUCAUAAACCAAGCGCUUUCUUACAUCGUAACAUCAUAAGAUGUUCAUCAUUUUGAUCGCAGAACAUAACGAAGCGCAAAACAAAACAGUACACGUGGAACUCUUUUUUUAGCGGAAGAUUAAAGUACGUGUAGUGUUCGUAGAGAAGAAGGAGUUAUCGCAUGCUAAUUUUCUUUGAUUCCAAAUUAACCGUGCUAUUACCAACAUGGAUCCUGAAUUCGCCAAAAGGGUUGCGGAUGUGUUUAGUUUUUAGGACCAUUAUCUGGAAACAAAAAUGAUUUUCGGACAGGAGCGACUUGUACCGUAUUCGUAUUCAGACGUCGAUAUGUACUCAGUGCAUUUUCGGCAGACCAAUCCACCAGCCCUGGGCCCGUUCGACCUCCAGGGGAUGCUCCACGAGCAGUCGCAGGUUUCCGGCGUCGGGAGCCCGAAUCCGGCGAUGCUGCCGUCGUUCGGGUUCACACAGGAACAGGUCGCCUGCGUGUGCGAGGUUCUUCAACAGGGAGGGAAUAUUGACCGCCUCGCGAGGUUCCUGUGGUCACUUCCGGCGUGUGAACAUCUACAUAAAAACGAGAGUGUGUUAAAAGCGAAAGCUGUGGUCGCGUUUCACCGUGGGAAUUUUAAGGAACUGUAUAAAAUUCUGGAAUCUAACCCGUUUUCUCAACAUAAUCAUCCUAAAUUGCAAGCGCUGUGGUUGAAAGCACAUUAUAUUGAAGCUGAAAAGUUACGUGGUCGGCCGCUAGGGGCCGUCGGGAAGUACCGUGUCCGACGAAAGUUUCCCCUUCCCAGGACCAUCUGGGAUGGAGAGGAAACGAGUUAUUGUUUCAAGGAAAAAUCGCGAACAGUGUUAAGGGAAUGGUAUGCACACAAUCCCUACCCCUCUCCCCGAGAAAAAAGGGAGCUGUCGGAGGGGACGGGGUUGACCACUACUCAAGUCAGCAACUGGUUUAAAAAUCGUCGACAACGGGACAGAGCGGCGGAAGCGAAAGAUCGAGAGGGAAUCGACAAGGGUUCCCAUGGAAACCUCAGCCUCAACUCCCCGAUGUCGAGCGAUGUCGACAAGAGUGGCGACAGCAACGACGGUCUCGACGGACUGAACGGCGACAUCAAAACAGAGCCAGACACCCCAAGUAGCAUCUACACCGACCUCCAGAAGGCGCUUCCGGGUAGCAAUAUUAUGUCAAGCCUCGAUAUGCAAACCGGAAAUGCGCAUCACGCCCAUAAUGCGCACAACGCACACAACACGCAUACCGCGCACGCGCAGCACCAGAUGUCGUCUAUGAACAAUGGUUCCCACCACCACGAUAUGGGUCAAAUUUUACAAGAGUAUCAGACGUUAUGACAAUAAAAUGGCGGUGACCUAUGGGUCACGUGACAGUUAGUUAUAUACUCCACGUCGGACGCUCACACCAAAGAAUGUAUAUUUAACAAGCUUGUGUGUGAUUUGAAGGCACAAAUGCAUUUUUCAUGCAUUUUGUUACGUAGUAAAUUGCAUAUUAUACAAUAUUUGUGUGCCAUAAUUUUCACGGAAGUAGGUUGCGUGGUUAUAAGUAGCGUUAGUUCAUGACGUCAUGUUUUCCACGCAAUAGUGCCACUGACGUCAGAACUCGAGUAAUUUGGCGUCGUGUUUGUCUGAGGUCAAAAUUAUUCGAACGGCAUUCGUUACAGACAAAUGGGUGAUAAUAUUCUUGAAAGAAAUGACGUCGCGUCAUGACCUCAUUUGUAAAGAGUGUAUAUCAAAUGUCGAAUGUUUCGACAGUCAUAGCUACUCGCAUAUUUGUUACCAUGACACUAUUUAUAGAACGUGUAUGAAAAUGUGAUUUCAAUAGAAGCGUAGCACACGAGUCUUUAUUUCUGACAUGAUGUAUUUGUAACUUUCCUGAGCGAUAACAUUUGUUUGGAAUUUCUCACAAAAACUGUGCCAUAUCCAAUCAAGCUCUCUGCAAAACACAUCAUCUGAAUGACAGUGCCAUUUUGACACAAGUCCUGUCGUGCCGAAUGCAAAUUAACGCAUGAAACAAACACGACGUCUGCUCGUAACUGCAAGUAGUUUCGGAUAUUCGACGUAUUUCGGAUAGCGGGGUAAUGUCAUUACUGAAGAACUUAUGGAUGUAUAUGUGGUCAAGAUGAUAUUUUACAGUGUUUUGUUUCUACCCAUGCAAUACAUUUAUUUUUUCGUUUGUCUAAGAUUGAUUCUACACAAAAUAUAUGGAUAUUUUAAUAUGACAAUAUAUCAAUCAAUUUUAAAAAUUAAUUUAAUGCCCCUUUAUUUAGUGAGCAUUUUUUUUCUCUGGCUUUACCCUAGAUGCCACUGUGUCUGAAUUUCCAAACCUGUGGCACAUUUGCGCUUGAAUACAAAUCUGCAGUACCCGUGUUCUUGAUUUUCUCAACACCAUCAUUAUGUGCUUGUUUUAGAUCUGAUGUUAUGUUGCAAUUAAUAUAGGACACUUGACAUUUCAAGCAAAUAAUCUAAUCGCUUUACCUACUGUUUUUUUCCACGUGUACCGUAUAAAAAUCCUCUGGAAAAUGCCAUGGUGUUCAUAUUUUUGUUUUCUUCAGCUCAAUAAAUUCAAUAAUAUCAAAUUUCUUGUUUGUAAACGUACCGGAUUAUCGACAAUGUAAUUCAUCGUUUCAAAAUGGACAUCAUAUUCAGAAUACAUGCACGAUUAUAGAGUUUUGGUCAAAUUAUUUAGAUUUUUUAAUACUUUGUACAUUCAUUGUAAUUAUGUACAUAAAAACACAUCCGUUUUCAGAUCUGGAGUAUUGAAAUUACAAAUAACAAUUACGUGUUAUAAGUUAUUGUUAAAUAGGUUCAUUAAAAUUCCUGGUUUAGUUAUUGCUCUUAUUUCUUUAUAAAUUCACAUAAUAGUUGGGAUCAAAUGAAACUAUGAAAAUAACUAAUGUCAUAAGUACAUUUGUAUACAAUAUGUCGAUAACAACAACUUAAAGACAAACAUUGCCUCAGACCAAAUUACUUGUUUUAACUUCCCGAAAAUCACGGUGAUGUAUGCAGUUAAUUGGUGUGCACAGAACACAGGACGCCAUUGUUGUACGGUAACCUUCACCCCGGGUAUUUUAUAAACCGGACUAGUUUUCAUAGCGUGCUUGCAGGCCAUAAUACACUUGCUUAUUGUUGCUCGAAUUCUCGGGUGAAAUAUUUGAAAAUGUGUUGCAUUAUGAAGUUAACACAGGGAUUGGAGAUUUAACAUUCUUAAGCACCCAGUGAAUCAAGAUGGGCAAUUAUGAAUAUUUUAGAAUGUUUAUUUAACGUUUGGUAGCGAUUUGUUGUAAUAGAAAGUUGCAAGAUAACUAAAAUGUAAAAAUGGACAAUGCGCAAUAUUCCUUUAUGGAGGAGAAUUGAAUGUGCGUUGCUUGAUUAAUUUUAUAUUUUAACCAUAACCAUCACUUAUCUUAGUUUUCCAGCCCCUUCACUGUGUUGAACAUCUUCUCUAAAUGUAAGCAUUUACAGGAAGCAGGUUAAUUUGUCGACCUUGAAACAAUUGGUUAAAGACACGUUUAAUAUAUAAGUAUUGUUUGGUCGUAUACUUUGUUUCUUUAUGAUAAUUUUAUACAUAUAAAUGGUCAUGUCAAACUUGAAUUGUUGUGUUCACUGGCAUGAUGUGCCAUGCAGCUAUAUAUAAAAUCGUCAUUUUCAGUUUUCCUUACUUACGUUUAACAAGUUCUAUACUACAAAACAUUUAUAAAUAUCAGAAUCAGAAAUUAUCAGAUAAUAACUAUUUUAAGUAUUUUAACAUGUCGAUUUUAACGGUUGAACAGGUGUGAAAACUUUUGUUGUUAAAUUUUACACUGAAUGAAAUAUGUAUUUCAUUUAUAUUUUGUAUUACAAUGUAUCUCUCUAAAAAUAAGCGUGAAGAUUUACAAUUAAGGCACUGAAAGGUGUGCAUGAAAUAUUAAUUUAUAUGGAAAAAUUAUGUAAAGCACUUGCAAUUUUUACAUUUUGAAAUAUAAUUCCUGCUUUUCUCUUACCAUACAGGUACAAAACAGUUAUAUAUUAACUUUAACAAUGCCCUACUUUGUUCUGUAUGCUGCAUGGUUGUGUCAAAUCCUUUCAUUUGGUAUCUGUAAAUCUUUUUCGAUAGUAGAGAGUUAUUUUCCCCUGUGUAGAUGUUUGUGUGUAUUGUCGGACACCCAAGAUGUGAUUUCAUUUAGAAAACAACAUUCAUUGCAUGACGACCUAAAACGAUUCAGAAAAUAUUAAACGUUAUUUAACUAUCGUGAAAACCUAAGCUUAAUACAUGAGUGUAAAGUAUCACCACAAAUUAGCAUUUCGUAGACCGCACAGGCUCAUCAUUGACGACACUUUCCGCUUGUAUGGAAGUUUUCUUAAAAUGAAGUAUUUUUCUAUUCGAAAAGCCAGUCAACAGGGAAAGUGUCGUCACAGAUAAGUCUGUUCAAACUGCAUAGGCUAAUCUUGGGACGACACUUAACGCACAUGCAUUAAGACCGGUUUUCACAGUGCGCAUCGUGUAAAAAAAUCGAUUGCAUUACUUAUGUGUGCAUGUUUUAUUUAUGCGGAGCUUAAUUGUUCAAUCAAUUGUUUAAGAUAAUUUGUAUUUACUUCAUGACAACAAUAAUUCUGUAAUUUUGCGUGAUUUAAAUUAAGGAAUUGUUGGGAAAUUGACAUAAGUAACGUUAUGUCUACGUGCAAUGAAUGUUGUUACCAGGUUACCAAAGGGUUUCUGAUAUUCAGUCGUACGUUGCCAUAUCUGUAUUUUGAGAUAUAUAGUUGACAAAAGGAUGCUUUUUGUGUCAUCUUUUAUAUUGAAUAAAACUGUUAAUGUUU